AUGGGUGGGUGUCUAAGCUCGGGCCCCGGCCCAAGCUCGGGGGAACAGAAGAAACGAAGCCAGAUGAUUGAUAAAAAGCUGGAGGAGGAUUCGAAAAAACUGCGAAGGGAGUGCAAGAUAUUGCUUUUGGGUUCUGGAGAGAGUGGAAAAUCGACAAUCGUGAAACAAAUGAAAAUCAUUCACCAAAACGGAUAUACCGUCGAGGAGCUAUCCAUGUGUCGCUUGACGGUCUACAAAAACCUACUGGAGUGUGCAAAAUCGCUGGUGACGGCCAUGUAUGAUUUCGACAUGCUGCCGUCGAGUCCAAAAGUCCGCGAUUUUAUGGAUUUUCUGGACGAAUACAACAUCGAUCCUGACCCCAAUAUUCCUCUCGAUCCUAAAAUUGGCGACGCUGUGACAUACCUCUGGAAUGAUCCUGUUGUCCCCGCCGUCCUUGACCGCCAGAACGAAUUCUAUCUGAUGGAUUCCGCACCCUAG